UUGACUCGUUCUUGAGAUGUUGGAUAUAUGUGGUGCUUAAUUUGGUCAAUACAAAAUGAUUCUUUUUUGCUGUCUCAUAAUCUAUAUAAACUGUAAACAUAUAUGGUAGGGCAUUUCCGCAUUUAUAACUGCCUAUAAUUUAUGAACUACAUACUGAUUUGCAAGUAUAUCACUUUACUCUUUAUUUUCUUUGGAUACGUUUGAUUCUGAGCGGCCAUUACACGAAUCUUGAAGCCAUGGCUGGUGGUGGAUUUACAGAUACAGGAAAUAUUAAAAGGGCUCAUCUUUAUGAGUAUAAGAUAACUAGUUAUUUCGUUUUUGCUUGUGUUAUUGCAGCUUCAGGAGGAUCUCUUUUUGGUUAUGAUCUUGGUGUUUCAGGCGGAGUUACUUCCAUGGAUGAUUUCUUGAAGGAAUUCUUUCCUACCGUUUUCGAAAAAAAGCAUGCACAUCUCCACGAAACAGAUUACUGUAAAUAUGAUAACCAAAUCCUUACACUCUUUAGUUCGUCCCUGUACUUUGCUGCCCUUUUUGCUACAUUUGGAGCAUCAGUUGUAACCAGAACGAGAGGCCGGAGAGCUAGCAUCCUUGUCGGAUCGGUUAGCUUCUUUAUUGGAGCAAUCGUCAAUGCUUUUGCAAAGAACAUAGCAAUGCUUAUCAUAGGGCGAUGUUUACUGGGUGGUGGAAUUGGAUUUGGCAACCAGGCUGUUCCUCUGUAUCUUUCAGAAAUGGCUCCUGCAAAAAUUAGAGGAGCAGUUAACCAACUCUUUCAACUAACAACAUGUUUGGGGAUCUUGGUUGCAAACUUUAUAAAUUACGGAACUGAAAAGAUUCAUCCAUGGGGAUGGAGAUUAUCUCUAGGUUUAGCUGCUCUUCCUGCUACCAUAAUGUUCGUUGGUGGACUUUUCCUUCCCGAGACACCCAAUAGUCUUAUUGAACAAGGCAAGUUAGAAGAAGGAAGAAGAAUUUUGGAGAAAGUUAGAGGUACCACACAAGUUGAUGCUGAGUUUGAUGAUCUUGUCGAUGCAAGUAAUGCAGCAAGAGCCAUUAAACAUCCAUUUAAAAAUCUUCUUAAACGAAAGAAUCGUCCCCAGUUGGUAAUUGGGGCUUUGGGAAUUCCUGCAUUCCAACAGCUAACUGGCAAUAACUCUAUAUUAUUCUAUGCUCCUGUCAUAUUUCAGAGUUUGGGCUUCAGCAAUGGCGCAUCUUUGUAUUCAGCCGUGAUAACCAAUUCAGCACUAGUUGUUGGAGCACUUAUUUCCAUGAGUUUUGUCGAUAAAUUUGGUAGAAGAGCUUUCUUUCUGGAAGCUGGAGCUGAGAUGUUCUUUAUAAUGGUAGCAGUUGGUAUAACUUUGGCCUUGGAGUUUGGAGAGGGGAAACCAAUCGCAAAAGGAACUGGCAUCUUCCUUGUGAUUAUCAUUUGCUUGUUCGUCUUGGCUUAUGGACGGUCUUGGGGUCCCCUUGGAUGGCUCGUCCCGAGCGAGAUCUUCCCGUUGGAGACGAGGUCAGCAGGCCAGAGUGUUGUGGUCUGUGUUAACAUGAUCUUCACUGCUUUGGUAGCCCAAUGCUUCCUUGUGUCGCUUUGUCACCUUAAAUAUGGAAUUUUCUUGCUGUUCGCCGCUUUGAUUCUUGUCAUGAGUGCCUUUAUUUUCUUCCUCCUGCCUGAAACAAAGCAAGUGCCGAUCGAGGAGAUGCAUCUUCUCUGGCAAAAUCACUGGUUCUGGGGAAAAAUAGUGGGAGUUGAAGGGAAACUGAGAUCACAAGUCUGAGAUCUUAAAUUGCUGAAUUUUUAUGAAUUACUUUCUUAUGUAAUUUGAUAUAUAUACAUUGUGCAUUUUUUUU